UAUAGGAAUUCAAAGUACAUAUGAAUUCCACGAAUCAUAUGUUAUCGAAAUACUUCUCUAGUUCAUGAAAUUAACGUGGGGUAAAAGAUAAUACUUACAUAUUUAUAUAUGUAAUCCACAAGUCUAAAAUGGAAGAUACUCCCAAAAAACCUGGUAAUUUGACAAAUAAAGAUUUCAGAGAAUUAAUAAACGGUCACAUACCAAUUAAAAGAGAGCAGACUGAGCCAAUUACGAGAGAUGCGGAAGUAAAAAAAGAGAAAAAACAAAAAAAAACAAAAUCGAAGAAAUAUGAGACACGAAAAAGAGAUGAUUCUUUGGAACUGCUAUUGUCUAGAUACAGAGACAGGGCACGAGAAAGAAGAGAAGGAAAAAAUCCGGAUUAUUUAUGUGUAUCUGACAAUGUUAUAGAUCCUGUAGCUUACCAUACUGUUGGGCCUGACGCCAAGUAUAACAUCAUACUGGCUGAAAAGAGAAAGCAAUUAAUCCACGAGUCCAAAUAUCUUGGUGGCGAUAUGGCUCACACGCAUCUCGUAAAGGGACUCGACUUUGCACUUCUAAAUAAAGUUCGUAGCGAAAUUGAAGCGAAAACUAAAGAGGAGCCAGUUGAAACGGUAGUAGAAGAAGAUGUGGGAUUUAAAUGUCAAAUGGCCAAGAACAUUCAUGAAAUUUUGUUUAAAUCCAAGCCGGCGGAAAUAAAUCCCCUGUUUGCUCCUGGAAAAAUGUGUUAUUUGGUAGACCUUAUAGAAGAAGAACAGAUGGAUACAGAUGUUCCGACUACCGUUAUACGAAGUCGAGUUUUGACGACUGAUGAUGGAAAAAGGAUGAUUACAACGGAUGCUAUAAUUGAUAAAAUCAGGGAAGUGAUGCAUGGUGCAACAGAUGAAUGGAAGCACAAGAAACUAAAGAAGAUAGAACCUCCACUCGAGCAUAUUGAACAAAAGAAAGAGGAAAAACAACCCAAGUUUUCAAACAUGGAAAAAGUUCGAGUUUCAAAGACAGAAACCAUGCUGAAGAAGCUGCUUGCUGAACCGACCGGAUAUGCAGAGUGCUACCCCGGCGCGGAUGCAAUGCUGGAGGCGGCGGACGACAGCGAUUGCGAAGACAUGACGCCGCCGGAGGAGUACGGGCCCAGGGCUGCCUUCCAGUUCGGUCUCAAGAAGGCUGCUGGCAGAAAGAAAGGCCAGAAGGCUAGUGUGGAUCGAGAGUUGAGUCGCAUCAGGAACCGACUCCAACUUAAAUGAGUCUAAAUUGUUAUUUAGCUUUGUUACAUGCUCUGCGCUCUUGAAGGACCAAGAAAUAUGUCGAAGAAUACAGACUCCUUGAUCAGCCAUGAAAAUGGUUGUUUAA